AUGGCUAUGAACUUUCCCCAGCUGAGCGGCGCAGCAAAGCUGCAACAGGUCACUCGGCUUCUGGAUACCCUGAACACAGACCUACAAGAGAAACGUCUUAGUGCCACUCAAAAGGUUGAGGCUCUUCUGCAAUUGCGCCAACACGGUACCAACCCUACCGAUGCAGGACCGAUUUAUUGCAGCGAUGGAAUCGGAAUACUGGCACAAUAUGGAGUCGAAGGAGAGACUCCUGAUGUACGGCGGGCCGCGCUACGCUGUAUUGCAAAUGCCCUACUUCUCGAUGCGAAGAUGCGCCAGUUGUUUGCGGACACCGGCUUCGGAGGCAAAUUGGCCCAAAGACUCAAGACCGAUAACUCAGAAGACGAAAUGGUCAUAAGUCGCAUUUUGUUUUUGUCAACAUACGACAGCACCAUGGAUUUCGAAAUCUUGAUCAAAAAUCACUCCUUGGGAGAUAAUGUCAACUAUCAAUUGAGUCGCCAUGCCAAGCAAUUUCCAAAAUCCGGCCGCUCCCCCUUGACACAAAUGGAUGAAUUAGCUCUGACAGACACAUUGAAGCUGAUUUUCAAUGUUUCGAAGCUCUAUUCUGACCUUGCUGUCACCUUUUCUCCCUCUAUUCCUCACAUCCUGAAGAUUAUUAGUCGCAUCGAUAUCCCAGCAAAACCAUUGGACGGAUUAGUUAGUUAUCUGAUUAACUGCCUAUCUGUCCUUGACUUAGAGGAGAAAAGGGAGAAAACCUUUGAGAGCAAUCCUCUUUUUCCCAAGUUCAACCAAAAUUGCAAUGUGGACAAGAUGAUCAACAUCCUUGACCGAGCAGUUUCGGUGUACCGACCGGAGGAGCUCGAAGAGAAAGCUAUUCCCCUUCUCCAUUCGCUUAUAAUAAUCCAUGAAAUAGCACCCGAGGGGCCCAGAAAAUAUAUGCAGUGGCUUCUGUUACCUGAAGAGAGCGAUCGCAGUCAACCAAUUGGGAGAGACGAUACUCUUGCAUCGCGGCUCCUGAAACUCUCGACCAGCCCGUAUCCGAAUCUCAAAACUGGCAUUUCGGAACUCAUGUUUGUCUUGUCUGGAAAGGACGCAGAAAAUCUCACACGACGGAUUGGUUAUGGGUUUGCGGCUGGAUUUUUGGCUUCUCGUGGCAUGGAGAUCCCCCAAUCAGCGAGUGAAGCCUUUUCAAGCGAUGCCGAUGGGUUGGAUGGAGGUGUUAACCCAAUUACUGGCCAACGCUGGGCUGCAGAGCCCCAGGAUCCUGGCCCACCCAUGACUGAUGAGGAGAAAGAACGGGAGGCGGAAAGACUCUUUGUGUUGUUCGAAAGGGCGAGAGCAAAUGGCUUGAUUACAGUGGAAAACCCUGUGGCACAAGCACUUCAUGAGGGAAGACUCGAGGAAUUGCCGGACGACGCUGACAGCGACUAA